GCAACUCACACCUAAAAACACACACACACACAGAGAGAGAGAGAGAAAGAGAGAGAGUGCGUGUGUGUGACAUUAUCAAUAUUCUUUCAUACACCAAACAUUUUCCGAUGAGAAAUCACAAGUUCCGUUUCUCCGACAUGAUACCCAACGCCUGGUUUUACAAACUCAAAGAAAUUGGCGGCGCCUCCAGACCAAAAUCUUUCCGUUCCAACAAAAACCCUCACCACCCACCUCCACCUCCCCCGCCCUCCAAACACAAACAACCACCCCCUCCUCCUCCCCACUCUCGUUCCAGAAAAUCUUACUAUUUCACUAGACAACUCGAAUCCAACGAUGCCUACUUCGUCAAUUCCCCUCCACCGUCGCCUCCGCUUCUACCGGUACCAAUCCCCCCGAGAAAGUCAACAAAACAACUCAAACCAGGAAGAAAACAAACGAGUUCCCGGUCCUCCGCCAAGCUCCUCAGCUCCUCCUCCGUCGGCUGCAGCUGCCACACAACGGCGGAAUCUAUCUGGACAAAAUCCGAUUCUCCUCCAGAAUUCUCCACCUCACCCUCCGACACCUCCCCUGAUUUCCGAACUGACAAAAUCCUCACUGCCGAAGCAUCCAAACACUUCGAGCACGACAUCGUAAUCGACGUAUCGUCGAAUUACUCCAACAAUGCCGUCAUCGGCGCCUUUGACGAACUGGAACUCCCGCCGAUCAUCACGAAACAGAGGAAGAAAACAGAGACAAAACAGAGAACGACGACGACAACGACGGCAGGAACAAAGAAAGUUGCGGGGAAUUCCCCGGGCGUACGGCUGCGGAUUCACUCCCCGAAAAUUGGGUACCGGAAAAUGGGAGGGAGGAAAAGCGUUUCGUCACGGCGGAGCUUGUCGGAGAGUUUAGCGAUAAUGAAAUCAUCGUACGAUCCACAAAAGGACUUCAGAGAAUCAAUGGUGGAGAUGAUUGUUGAGAAUAACAUUAGGGGUUCGAAAGAAUUGGAAGAUCUUCUUGCAUGUUAUCUGUGUUUGAACGCCGAUGAAUAUCAUGAUCUUAUUAUCAAAGUUUUUAAGCAGAUCUGGUUUGAUCUUACGCAACCUUCUCCUCCACCUCUUUGAUUUUCUUUCGUCUUUUCUCUUUCUUUCUCCCCCAUUUUGUAAUUCUCUUUUGUACAGUUCUUCUUCUCUAAUUUCUAAACAUAAUCUUAAUAAAAUUUUUACUUUCAUUCA